UUAGAGUUGAAAUGGGUACCUUGAAAUACCUGCGGCAUUGGCCUCAGCUAGUUUAUGCUAUAACCUUUUGCAUUAUAGCUACUAGCGUAGUAGCUGAUAAGCCAUACAUUUAUGCUUCACCUCCUCCACCACUUCCACUAUUGAAAUCUCCACCACCUCCACCUACCUACCACUACAACUCUCCACCACCACCUUCUCCAUCACCACCUCCUUCAUCACCAUAUGUUUAUAAAUCACCACCACCACCUUCACCGUCACCACCUCCACCAUAUGUUUACAAGUCUCCACCUCCUCCAUCUCCCUCUCCUCCACCACCGUAUGUCUAUAAAUCACCACCUCCUCCAUCACCAUCUCCUCCACCACCAUACAUUUAUAAAUCACAACCACCACCUUCACCAUCACCACCUCCACCAUAUGUUUACAAGUCCCCACCUCCUCCAUCUCCAUCCCCACCACCUCCAUAUGUUUACAAAUCACCACCACCACCAUCACCUUCACCUCCCCCACCUUAUGUUUACAAAUCUCCUCCUCCACCAUCUCCAUCACCUCCCCCUCCAUAUGUCUACAAAUCCCCACCACCCCCAUCUCCAUCUCCACCUCCUCCAUACAUCUAUAAGUCUCCACCACCACCCUCACCAUCUCCUCCACCUCCUUACAUUUACAAAUCACCACCACCACCAUCUCCAUCACCUCCUCCUCCAUAUAUUUAUAAGUCACCACCACCACCAUCUCCAUCACCUCCUCCCCCUUAUGUCUAUAAAUCUCCACCACCACCCUCACCAUGCCCUCCUCCUCUAUACAUUUACAAGUCACCACCACCACCACCACCAUCUCCAUCACCUCCUCCUCCCUAUGUCUAUAAAUCUCCACCACCACCCUCACCUUCAACUCCUCCUCCUUACAUUUACAAAUCACCACCACCACCACCUCCUCCAUAUGUUUAUAAAUCUUCACCACCACCCUCACUAUCCCCUCCUCCUCCUUACAUUUACAAAUCUCCACCACCCCCAUCUCCAUCGCCUCCUCCUCCCUAUAUUUACAAGUCACCACCUCCUUCAUCUCCUUCACCGCCACCUCCGUACGUCUACAAUUCUCCCCCUCCCCCAUCCCCCUCUCCACCGCCUCCUUAUUACUAAAACUCACCUCCUCCUCCAUUAAAGUCCCCAGCACCUCCAACUUACUACUAUAAGUCUCCACCUCCUCAUUCUCCAUCACCACCUCCUCCAUACUACUACAUUUCUCCUUGACCACCAUCUCACCAUCAUUGUCCAAUUCCUUCAUAUUUCCAUAACUCACCACCACCAUCUGACUGGGAACAUCUAGCAUACUUCCACAAAUCUCCUCCUCCACCUUCUGAUGAGUCUUCCUCACCCCCACCUCCAAAAUACUUUUAAGUUUAAAUUUACCCCUUAUUCAAUGGUCAAUUUGAAUAAUAAUCAAUUAUCCUUGGAUUUUUUGUAUUGUAUAAUUCUUUUUACAAAUUUGAAUUUUAUUUACGAACAAGUGACCUUCUGUACAAUAAAAGCAUGAAAUGGAGAGCCCAAAUGAUCUAUAUUAUAUGUACGAAGAAUUCCGUUGUAUUAUUUUCUGUGUAUAUUUCUAUUUCUGUAACCAAUGCAUGCCAGAAAUUCAAGUUCUUAAAGAAAUUCUGUGUAUAUUUCUAUUUCUGUA